AAAGAGUUGGAAAUUGGGCCCUAGAGAUGAGAGUGGAGGACUCAUGUUUUAGAGAGAGAAAAUUGUAGGGAUAUUGGUAGAGAGAGAAAGGGGAGAUUUUUGGGUGGUGUUUUGGCCGUCCCGUCUGUAUUCCUCGACACCGCGUUUAGAAGAGCGAAAGCUUUUCUCAGGGGAAGGGAGAAAGAGAGAUAGAGAUAGAGAGAGGGAAAAAGAUAAGUCUGGGAAUUUUCUUUUUUUCUCUCCCUACUUAGUGUGGAAUUUUAUUGGAAAAGUUUAUAUACACGGGAUAAUUUUUGAAUAUAUAUACAGACACGGUGACGGGAUAAAUUUUGAAUUGAAUAGAAGGAUCUGAGCUAGGGUUUGUGAAUUCUGAAUUUGGCGCGGUUAGGGUUUGAAUUGGAUCGGGAAAUGUUGGUCGGGAAUGCCAAUUGGUGAGAAUUGGAGCUCCGAUCUUGGAGGGGAAAUUUGAAAUUAGGGUUUCGAGUUGAGAAAGAUGGACGUGGAUUCGACGAUGACAACGGGGUCUGAUCACGAUCCAGCUGUUCAGAAUAACGGGCCGAGCUCCGAGCAGCUCGGGGACGAGUCUUCUGCUGUAGGAUCUCAAUCACAGGCUUCUCCGGCUCAACAGCAGCCGUCAUCGCCUUCACAGGCUCAGCCUCAGCAGCAGAAUACUAGUCCUGUUGCUGGGCCGAGAUGUGCUCCCACCUACUCAGUGCUGCAGCCUAUUAUUGAGAAGACGGAGGAUGGGCCGGGACCACGGUGUGGCCACACGCUAACGGCUGUGCCACCUGUUGGAGAGGAGGGCAUGCCGGGAUAUAUUGGUCCUAGGCUUAUUCUCUUUGGUGGUGCCACUGCGCUUGAGGGGAAUUCUACAGCAUCAGGGACUCCAUCAUCUGCUGGAAGUGCUGGAAUUCGUUUAGCAGGGGCUACAGCUGAUGUGCACUGUUAUGAUGUGUUGACUAAUAAAUGGUCCAGAAUUACACCAAUUGGAGAGCCUCCCACUCCAAGGGCAGCCCAUGUGGCUACUGCUGUUGGUACUAUGGUUGUUAUUCAGGGUGGAAUUGGACCAGCUGGUUUAUCUGCAGAGGACCUUCAUGUUUUGGAUCUUACACAACAACGGCCACGGUGGCAUAGGGUUGUGGUACAAGGCCCUGGGCCAGGGCCUCGCUAUGGGCAUGUCAUGGCUUUGGUAGGACAAAGAUAUCUCAUGGCAAUUGGUGGAAAUGAUGGCAAACGACCUUUAGCAGAUGUUUGGGCCUUGGAUACAGCAGCAAAGCCAUAUGAAUGGCGCAAGCUGGAACCAGAGGGUGAAGGUCCACCUCCUUGCAUGUAUGCCACGGCAAGUGCACGCUCUGAUGGUCUUCUUCUACUUUGUGGCGGGAGGGAUGCAAACAGUGUGCCAUUGGCAAGUGCAUAUGGACUUGCCAAGCAUAGAGAUGGUCGUUGGGAGUGGGCUAUUGCUCCAGGUGUAUCACCAUCUCCUAGAUAUCAACAUGCUGCUGUAUUUGUUAAUGCACGGCUCCACGUAUCAGGAGGAGCACUUGGUGGUGGGCGCAUGGUUGAGGACUCCUCCAGUGUGGCAGUUCUAGAUACUGCUGCUGGGGUGUGGUGUGAUACAAAAUCUGUUGUUACUAGCCCAAGGCCUGGCAGAUACAGUGCAGAUGCUGCUGGCGGGGACGCUGCAGUUGAAUUGACAAGGCGAUGCAGACAUGCUGCUGCUGCUGUUGGUGACUUGAUCUUUAUUUAUGGUGGCUUACGCGGUGGAGUGUUGCUAGAUGACUUACUUGUUGCUGAAGAUUUGGCUGCUGCUGAAACAACAAGUGCAGCAUCACAUGCAGCAGCAGCUGCUGCUGCAAAUGUACCACCUGGGAGGCUACAAGGCCGGUAUGGAUAUGUUGAUGAAAGGACGAGACAAACAGUUCCUGAAGCAGUUAAUGAUGGUUCAGUUGUUCUGGGAAAUCCUGUUGCUCCCCCUGUAAAUGGUGAUAUGUAUACUGAUAUAAGCACUGAAAAUGCCAUGCUUCAAGGGACUCGGAGAUUGAGCAAAGGUGUUGAAUAUCUGGUUGAGGCAUCUGCAGCUGAAGCAGAGGCUAUAAGUGCUACACUGGCUGCUGCCAAAGCUCGGCAAGUUAAUGGAGAAGUUGAAUUGCCAGAUCGGGACCGUGGUGCUGAGGCAACACCUAGUGGAAAACAAACGUCAAGCUUGAUCAAACCUGAGUCUGCUGUAGCAAACAAUUCUGCACCCCCUGGAGUUCGAUUGCAUCACCGUGCUGUUGUUGUUGCUGCGGAGACAGGUGGAGCUCUUGGUGGUAUGGUUAGACAGCUUUCCAUUGAUCAAUUUGAAAAUGAAGGCAGGCGGGUUAGUUAUGGGACUCCAGAAAAUGCAACAGCAGCAAGAAAACUUUUGGAUCGACAAAUGUCUAUCAAUAGUGUGCCUAAAAAGGUCAUUGCUCAUCUUUUAAAACCUCGUGGUUGGAAACCUCCUGUUCGACGGCAAUUUUUCUUGGAUUGCAAUGAGAUAGCAGAUCUUUGUGACAAUGCUGAAAGAAUAUUUUCUAGUGAACCUAGUGUUCUACAGCUUAAAGCUCCUAUUAAGAUUUUUGGCGAUUUGCAUGGGCAAUUUGGGGAUCUUAUGCGGCUUUUUGACGAGUAUGGGUCCCCAUCAACUGCUGGGGAUAUAGCGUACAUUGAUUACCUCUUUCUAGGAGACUAUGUGGAUCGAGGCCAGCACAGUUUGGAGACCAUAACUCUUCUCUUGGCUUUGAAGGUAGAAUAUCCUCACAAUGUACACCUAAUACGCGGGAAUCAUGAAGCUGCAGAUAUCAAUGCACUAUUUGGCUUUCGAAUUGAGUGUAUUGAGCGCAUGGGUGAGAGAGAUGGAAUCUGGGCUUGGCAUAGGAUUAACAGACUAUUUAACUGGCUUCCUCUUGCUGCAUUGAUUGAGAAGAAAAUUAUCUGUAUGCAUGGUGGUAUUGGGCGGUCAAUCAAUCAUGUCGAACAAAUUGAAAAUAUUCAGCGCCCUAUUACUAUGGAAGCAGGCUCAAUUGUGCUCAUGGAUUUGUUGUGGUCUGACCCAACAGAAAAUGAUAGUGUUGAGGGAUUGCGCCCAAAUGCCAGAGGGCCUGGAUUAGUUACUUUUGGACCUGAUCGUGUGAUGGAAUUCUGCAACAACAAUGAUCUUCAAUUGAUAGUCCGAGCGCAUGAAUGUGUGAUGGAUGGCUUUGAACGAUUUGCUCAGGGGCAUUUAAUUACUUUAUUCUCAGCCACCAAUUAUUGUGGUACUGCCAACAAUGCCGGUGCAAUCUUGGUAUUGGGUAGAGAUCUUGUAGUGGUUCCAAAACUUAUACAUCCUUUGCCACCAGCAAUUUCAUCACCAGAAACUUCACCUGAGCGGCAUAUAGAAGAUACAUGGAUGCAGGAGCUUAAUGCUAACAGACCGCCUACACCAACUAGAGGUCGCCCUCCAGUCACAAAUGAUCGAGGUUCUCUUGCUUGGAUUUAGAUUAUAUAGUUCCAGAUUGUUUUCCUAUACUGUUUCCAGGCUCAUGCUAACACCAGGGAUUUCCAGUGAUCUGUACAUAGCAUAAUGCCAUUUGGAGAAUGCCGCAGAGAUGUGUUCCCUGUACAAGAUUCUAAUGGAUUCGAGGCACUUGGGCGUUAUGGAAUGGAUACUCCUUCCAACAAGAAUACAAGGGUUGCUGAUCCAUUCUCUAUUCGUCCGUCAUCAAGAUAAAAUCAACUCAGGCUUUGGAAGGUUUGUCCGCUGUACAACGAAGCAACGCAAGCCAGUGGCAGGCUUGGUCGUCUCCCAUGGGUGGGUAGUGCCAGUUUUAAUUUUUCUUUUCUUCCUUUUUUCAGUUAGUCUCUCAAUAUAUAAUUUUUUUAUACUUCGUUUAGGUGCAUUAUUUUUGUUUCUGCUAUAAAAGAAUUUAUGGUCUUGUAAGAUUGGUGAGGGUGGGCUUCUUUGUAUCAUAGGAGAGAGAGGUGCUGCUUUGUGUAAUCUGUGAUGCUGCCUUGUACAAUGUAACAUUUGUGUGAAGGAUCCUUUUAUCAAACCAAAAAAAAAUGAUAUUGCUUCAAGGAUAACCGUUCCUUUUUUAUUCGACAA